AUGCCUAGUCCAGCCGAUCUCUACCCGCACUCUGUGUACAGCAGCGGCACCGUCUACAUUGUGGACGACGUGGAACCAAACGGUGGCAGCGUCGCCAACGACGACAUCUCCGACAUCUGCGGCGAAAUCACUCUGACGGAGCACGCGAAGAAAUGCGGAUGGGUUCGUAGGUUCUUCGAGGGUAUGACAGACUACAAGGUCAAAGGCAUCAACCUUCCCAAGGGUAGCAGACCUGCCGCCUUCUUCCGAUACUGGAAAUCAGAGCUUGAAGGCAAGGGCGCCAACGAUCUAAUUAUCGUGUACUAUCAUGGAAGGGCAGGCAACAAUGGAAUCGACUAUUCAUGGAGCUUAGAUGGCUACCCCCGUGCGCCCGUCAAUGCAUACAAUCUGAUCACGAUGAUCAACCGAGCUGGCGUUGACUGUUUGAUGCUGCUAGACUGCGAUCUUCCUUCUCGAUUCAAGGAGAAGUGGGAUAGGCUACCCGGCAGCAUCGAGAUUGUGGCAAACGGUGGACAAUUGAGAGACACGUUCGGCAACAGAAUCGAGAACGCCGGCGACUUCACAAAAGCCUUCUUGGUCUCCCUUGGGACUCUCCUAAAGCAUAUCGACACGAAACGCAAGAGGGCAAUUUCACCAUUGACCAUACCAGAGGUCAUGAGGUCUGACCGCUCGCUCGACUUCAAGCCCUUCUGCCUUCGCCUUGAUGGGUCCACAAAUGGCCGUGACAAUCUCGUCAAGCGAAUCAAGAUCGAUCCUAGAGCAAUGCGGGAGUCGAAAAAGGUCGAAUUCUUCGCAUAUACGAUCCAAGGCGGCGAGGUCGAGCAGGGAAGUGAAGCUACAAUUCAAGUGGCCAUUGACGAGGGUAUCGACAUGGAGGGUGAGGAUGACUCCUCUCAUGGGUUGUUCUGCCCCCAGUGA